GGACAAACCUCAUGGGCAGCAGACAGCCUGAUGCUUUACCUCCCAGUUCCAUACUGGUGCUGUGCCCUUUUGACCUGGAAUACCCUUGGCAGCCAUGACAACAUAUGGAUCCCGAGCCUUCCUCCUCGUCCUCAUUCUCCUCAGCUCUUUCUCAUCCCUGUUUUAUUUCAGCUUCUUGGACCAGAAGCUCUUUCUGCACAAACAUAAUCCAGAUGUUCCUCAGAGGAACAUCAGCAUCUUGCUGUGGCAGUGGCCAUUUGGACGCUCCUACAGGCUUGACGGAAACAAAUGCCUUGAGAUGUACAACAUCAGCCGCUGUUUCCUCACUGACAACACCUCCACCUUCUCAGCUGCUGAUGUGGUGGUCUUCCACCACCAGGAGCUGUGGAAAGGUCCGUCCUCGCUGCCUUUGCACCUGGAUCGCCCGGCCUCUCAGCGCUGGGUGUGGCUGUCCAUGGAGCCUCCUGUCAACAAUGCAAACCUCAACCUGUUCAACGGCCUCUUCAAUUGGACCAUGAGCUACAGACAUGAUGCAGACAUAUCUGUCCCUUAUGGAAAGACCCUUCAAGGAGGUGAUGAUCUCAGCUACCCUGCUGCUGCAAAUCGUUCUUGCCUUGUCGGCUGGGUUGUCAGCAAAUACAAGCCUCACCAGGCUCGGGCUGGUGUUUACCAAAGUCUAAAGAAGCACAUCCCCAUAGAGGUGUACGGCAAGUGGAACAAGAAGCCCCUGUCAAACAGAAAGCUGUUGCCCACUAUUGCAAACUGCCUUUUUUACCUGGCAUUUGAGAACUCUGAGGCGACGGACUACAUCAGUGAGAAGCUCUGGAGGAAUGCCUUCCAAGCAGGGGCCAUACCGGUGGUUCUUGGUCCCAGCAGGGCUACCUAUGAUGCCCUGGCUCCACCUGGUUCCUUUAUCCAUGUGGCUGAUUUUGAGAGCACAGCUGAUCUGUCCGCCUAUCUGAAGCAUCUGGCUGCAGACAGGCAGGCCUAUGAGGCAUACUUCAAGUGGCACCGCACUCACAGGAUCAAAACCUACACUGACUGGAGAGAAAGGCUGUGCCAAAUCUGUGUCAGGUACCCCAGUUUGCCAGCCAACAAAGUCUAUCAGGACCUGGAGGGCUGGGUUUACAGUUAGGAUUUUCUUUCACUGAGGUGUUUUGAUGGGACUGCUGAUAGUGCUCAGUUACCACAUGCGAAUGUAAAAAUCCAUACACUGACAAUUUGAUGUAGGAUUGCACACAUCUCAGUCAAGCAUGCAGUUUGCAUAAAUAGUAAGGAGAUGCACACCACAGAAACAAAUCUCAAGUGGUUGGUUGGGUUAGCUAUGCCCUACACCAAAAAACGGAAGUGGUACUUGUGUAACCAUAAAUAAGUAUGUCUCAGUUUAUUUAUGUUCUCAGUGCUCACCAAAGUUUCUCUUUACGAUGAAAAAGAAAUCAUUUCUGAGAUGAUAUUUUUGUAAAAGAUGUUUCUUUAUACUGUACUCCAGAAAUGUCAUGCUCAUCAGAAAACAACAAAAGAGAAAUUUGAUUUUCUUUCUAUGAUUAUUUGUCCUCUAAAGGCUCAGUAUGCUCAAUUCAAAUGACAUGACACCUGGGGUGUGAGAUCUGCCUCCCUUUGGUCAGGGUUUGGUUAUGUUCAGAAAACUAACUGCUGUGAAAGUAACAGACCAGCC